GGUGCGUCGGCUGGUGCGUCGGCUGGUGCGUCGGCUGGUUCGUCAGCUAGUUCGUCAGCUAGUGCGUCAGCUAGUGCGUCAGCUAGUGCGUCCCAUAGUGCGUCAGCUGGUGCGUCAGCUGGUUCGUCAGCUGGUUUGUCAGCUAGUGCGUCAGCUGGUUUGUCAGCUAGUGCGUCAGCUGGUGCGUCAGCUGGUGCGUCAGCUGAUUCGUCGGCUGGUGCGUCGGCUAGUGCGUCAGCUAGUACGUCCCAUAGUGCGUCAGCUGGUGCGUCGGCUGGUGCGUCGGCUAGUGCGUCAGCUAGUACGUCCCAUAGUGCGUCAGCUGGUGCGUCAGCUGGUUCGUCAGCUGGUUUGUCAGCUAGUGCGUCAGCUGGUUUGUCAGCUAGUGCGUCAGCUGGUGCGUCAGCUGGUGCGUCAGCUGAUUCGUCGGCUGGUGCGUCGGCUAGUGCGUCAGCUAGUACGUCCCAUAGUGCGUCAGCUGGUGCGUCAGCUGGUGCGUCAGCUGGUGCGUCAGCUGGUUCGUCAGCUAGUGUGUCAGCUGGUUCGUCAGCUAGUACGUCCCAUAGUGCGUCAGCUAGUGUGUCCACGAGUGCGUCAGCUAGUGUGUCAGCUGGUUUGUCAGCUAGUGCGUCAGCUAGUGCGUCCCAUAGUGCGUCAGCUAGUUUGUCAGCUGGUUCGUCCGCUAGUGCGUCCCCUAGUGCGUCAGCUGGUGUGUCAGCUGGUUCGUCAGCAAGUGCGUCAGCUAGUGUGUCAGCUGGUUCAUCAGCAAGUGCGUCAGCUGGUUCGUCAGCUAGUGCGUCAGCUGGUUCAUCAGCAAGUGCGUCAGCUGGUUCGUCAGCUAGUGCGUCAGCUAGUGUGUCAGCUGGUUCGUCAGCUAGUACGUCCCAUAGUGCGUCAGCUGGUGCGUCAGCUAGUGUGUCCCCUAGUGCGUCAGCUAGUGUGUCCCCUUGUUGGUCGUCUGCUGCGUCUGCGCCUUGGCUGGGCAGCUCCCUGUAUGCGACCGUGUACCCCGUGAUGCUGCUGCUGCUGCUGCCGCCGUCGUGUGCGGGUGGCGGCUCCCAGCUGACCAGCAGGCUGCUGGAGCUGAGGGCCACGCACACGAUGUUUUGUGGGGGUGCGGAGGGGGCUGUGGGUCGGGUUGGGAUUGUGGAGGUGACGGGCGGAGGGGGGGUGUCACC